AUGUCGUCUUUUCGCCAUUUUCUGUUUUUCAAUCUUCAUUUUAUGAUACUAGUUUCCACUAUUGACGCAGAACUCGAAAACAAAAUCAAAAGGCCGUUCAAUAAUUCGAUUUCGGCGAUAUUGGGAGUGAUUUCAAUACUGAAGCAACUGGAAUAUUUCAAAGACUACAAACGAAAACUGGAGACCGCCAUUGGUAAGGAAAGAACGAAAACUCUGAUAAGCAUGGCCGCGUUUAUCGUAAGCGCCGGGACGAACGACUUCGUCGUUAACUAUUUCGGCACACCUUUUCGAAGCAGAAACUACGAUAUUGCCACUUACCAGCAAUUCUUAUUGCAAAAUGUACAACAAUUUAUACAAAAACCCCCCUGGGUCCGCCCCUGGCUGCCGCCAAUUGGCUGCAUGCCGAUUGUCAUCACUGUUACCUCCGGCGAGGCAAAUGGUCAACGCCGCUGCGUUGACUCUCUAUCAACCGUUGCUUUGGAUUACAAUCAGAAGCUUCAGAACAAAUUAACGGCUAUGGAUAAUUCUAGCUCCUCUGCUAUUUAUUAUGCCGAUAUAUAUCAACCGUUGAACGAUAUGAUUCAAACCCCCUCCCAAUUUGUUUAUGCAGGUUUUGAGAAUGUGAAUUGCGGCUGCUGUGGGAGUGGACUAGUGGAGACAACAUUUAUGUGUGAUUCAAGAUCAAGUGUGUGUAAAAAUCCCUCCAAGUAUGUGUUUUUUGAUUCAGUGCACCCAACUGAAGCAGCCUACAGUGGAAUAUGCCAAAUGGGAUUUGACCGGAUCUUUUUGCUUGUAUUCCCUUUCAGAAUCAGUAAAUAG